AUUUUCCUGUGUAGAUUAAAUGUAACACAACUCAAUGGGAUUGCUUCUGGAAAAUAUUUACGUCAUUGAAUCGUGACGUCAUCAAAAUGGAUAUUAUCACGCCCACUGUCGUCGACCCAACCGAGGAAUGGAGCCCAACAUUGAACGAUUCAGCAAAUUCGGAGCUGCCACAAGAGUGUCUCAGAGAGUUGCUGGGCGGGAACCGACAAAUCCAACUGUGGCAUUUCAUCCUUGAAUUGUUACGAAACGAUAAGUAUUAUGACAUCAUAAGUUGGGAAGGAGAACACGGAGAGUUUGUCAUCAAGGAACCGUCAGAGGUCGCCAGACUAUGGGGAAUACGAAAGCGAAAACCAGCGAUGAAUUACGAAAAACUGAGUCGGGCGUUACGUUACUACUACGACAAACGUAUUCUGUAUAAAUCCAAAGGGAAGAGAUAUACUUACCAAUUCAACAUUGCAGUAUUGGAAUUGCUGAUCAGGAAUAAACAAGAAUCGGCUUUAGAGGCAGAAAAAGAAAAAUCACUUGAUAACGAUGAUGACGUCGUAAUAACAUCACCAGAUGAACAUCUCCGUAAGCCUGAAGAUUCCCCCAUCCGAACAUCCCACAUACGUCACACAAGUGACGUGAUAUUGAGUCCUGUGCAUCGAAACGACGAAAUUUUACGUCGCUCAUGGCAACGAAACAAACAAACAGCGAACAUUUGUCAGCGUCCACAACGUCACAAAGAGAAUUGUUUGAAUCUGUAUUAUGGCAGAACAAUUCCUUCUUUACUACAUUACAAUGACUUUGAUCCCAUAAGAUCACGUGAUUUAUCUUUGAAUAACAUGAUUGGUGGAGAAAGACUCCCCAAAUCUCCAAAGGGGACAUGCGCGCCACUCAUUAACAACCACACACCACGCGGCACAGAGCGUGAAAACAACUGUCAUUAAACGACCCGAUUUCAACUAGACCCCCUAGAG